GUUACACUUGAGUCACUAAAUGGAGUGUUUAUAUUGUUUCCCCAAACAAACAAAAACCUCAGAAACAGACGAAGUUUCUUGUAAUCUUUGGUUCAUAGGUUGUUCUCAAAAGUAAACUUGCUGAGUUCCUCCUCUUCGUGGUUCUCUUCUUCCUUAUCCUUUACCCUAGAUCACAUCCAACAAAAACAUGGAUCUAUCUACACUGUUACUGGCCCUGCUUUUCGUUGCAGGGCUCAUAAAUGUCUUCUUCCACGUACCCACCAACAAGAUUACCACGUGUCUUCAAAUUUUCCUCCCCAACAGUGCUUGCAAAACCAAAACCACCCUCGCUCCUUCACCGACGGCCAAGGCGGAGCACGGUUCCUCCGGGAAGAAGAAAGAGCUGGAAAGGGUGUUUUCCACCUUCGACAAAAACGGUGACGGGUUCGUGACGAAGCAGGAGCUGAGGGAAUCCCUGAGGAACAUCGGAAUCUUGAUGACAGACAGAGAGGUGGACGAUAUUGUUGUGAAGUACGAUUCCAACGGUGAUGGGUUGAUCGAUUUUGAGGAGUUUUGCUUGUUGACAAGUGAGUGUAUGGGAGGGAAAAAGGAAGAAGAAGAAGAAGAUGAAGAAGAAGAAGAAGAAGAGAUUAAUCUAAAGGAAGCUUUUGAUGUGUUUGACAAGGACAAUGAUGGGGUUAUUUCGGUGGAGGAACUAGCUUUGGUGCUUACAUCGUUGGGGUUAAAGGAAGGGAACAAGAGUGAAGAGUGCAGAGAGAUGAUUAAGAAGGUUGACAUGGAUGGAGAUGGUAUGGUGAAUUUCAAGGAGUUCAAGAGAAUGAUGAUGAAGGGAGGAAAACUUACUCUGUUUAACGCAUAGUUCAAGGUUCUCUUUUUUCUUCAAUUCACACCACCCAUCAUUAACUGCAACAAACAAAACACUUUCAAAUUUGUCUCUCUAUAUGUGGUGGCCACACAUACACCACUUCGUAGAGAUACAUGAAAUGAAAAUUUAUUCUGAUUAGGAAUAUUGUAGGUUCUUAGUUAAUUUUCCAUGUUUCUGUAAUUUUAAUGGCUUUAUACGUUUUUUUUUUUCGUUAAUCUGUUCUGUGGGGAUUUAUAACUAUUCAGGCUUUUGUAGCUUUGUUCUCUUUCCUCCAUGAAAUUGGGAAAAGUAAAAUAUUGAUGAAUAGAUAUUGAUUCUGGUGCCUCA